AACGACGACGACGACGACAACACAGCGAGUGAGAAUAGCAGCGUAUGAAAAUGAGCUCGUCGCACUAGAAAUUAAUGCAGCAGUAACAGCGAGUAAUCAUCAUCACCCACGAUGCAGAACGAGCGUUUUGAGGUGCAAUUCGUGCGAGUCAACACUUGCUUCGUCUACUUACCGGAACACUGGCUGAGAAAGCUAUCGUCGAGAGCUAACUCGUCGCUGAUUCGACUCCGGCACAAUGAGCGCGAUUAUUACUUGUCCUGGUACGCGAGGCCGAGCCCCGACCAAUCCCGACUCUGCCUCGGCGCGACUUUCGCCCGAAGUCUGGGCAUCAAGGAGGCCGACGAGGUCUUCGUCACGAUUGUCAACGAGCAGCCGCCGGCCCUGACGAGCCUACUGUGCGCGCCCGCCAGCGACAACGAUCGAGAGAUCGUCGAGCUGCAGAGCGAAAUCAUUCAGAUGAACCUGCUGGAUCAGGUCAGGGUGGUGGCCGUCGAUCAGCCGAUCGUCGCCUGGGUGUCGAAAUUCUUGUCCGUCAAGCUCGUCGUGAAAUCGAUGAAUCCGCAGUUCAAGUACGGCCGCCUCGAGGAGAACACGGAGAUUCACAUCGGCGACGCGUCUGCUCCCCAAUCCAAGACCCUCAAGGAAGAGAAGAGCCACCAACGAGACGUUCUCGACGUCAUCCGCGCGGAAAAUUCGAACACAUCGUUCGGCGAGAUCCGUCGAGUUUUGCCCCUGAAUCGCAAGGAAACAGCAGCAGUGAUUCUUCCGCCGUGCAGAGUAUACACGCACGGAGGUGGCAAAGUGACGUUGGCCAGGUUGCGCAAGAUCGGCGAGGAUCAGCACGACGCCAAGUCCAGCAAGAUCAAGUUCAAUUUCAGACGGAGCUCGGCCGCAGAGGCCAAGGAGACGAUCGUCGAGGUUCAUCCUCUGGACGAAAAUCUCGAUUCUUCUUAUAAGGAGUUUCCGAGGCAUCCGUGCGUCUACGUCGGGCCGGAUCUGAUGAGGAGCGCCUCGUUGAGGCUCAACGCCAAGGUCGUCCUCGAGGAGUUGACCGACGCCGACAGAGCAGAUGUCUCGAGGUGCACCUCCAUCGAGCUUGCCCCAUGUAGCAGCAACAGCAACAACGAGGCCAUCGUCAGCGAGAGACGCUUUCGCGACUGGCUGCGGCGAGUCGCCGCGACGCAGAGAGGAGGAGGAAGAGUCUUGAUCAAUUCCGGCAGCUUGGUGAGCCUCGACGACGACGCCAACGAGGCGAGUCUGUGCUCGGUCAAAUUGAAGCCUGACGGCUGCGCCUAUGGAUUCUUCGACGCCAGCGACGCCGAGACUGUACAGGUGCGGGUCAGGGACGGCGUGGACGUGGACGCGUAUCGGCCGCCCGGAUUGGAACGGGAGGAGGAGGAGGAGGAUGACACGACGAUGACGAUCGAACGAGAGGAGUCGAAUGGCAAUGUGGCUCUGGAAGUCAUGAAAGAUCUGCUGGACGAGUGCUCGAUCCUGCUGAAACUCAGCCUCUCCUUGAUGCGCCACCAACGAUCGUCGUCCAACGUCGUCGCCGCCGACAACGCGCUGAUAAUCGGCGCCCCGGGCUCGGGCAAGACGACCUGCUGCCGCCUGCUCGCGGCGAGAUUUCGCGCCGGCCCCUGGCACUGCCACGCGCGCCACCUCGACUGUCGCCGCCUCAAGGGCAAGAAGGCCGAGCUGGUGCAAAAGUUGCUCGGCGCCGAGCUCGCCCGGGCCUGCUAUCUGCAGCCGGCCAUUCUGUUCCUCGACGAUCUCGACAGCAUCACCUCGGUGCAGAAUCAGGGCAACGAGGAGGAGAUCACGCCGGACUCGACGAACGCCGCGAAGAUCACGGAGAUCAUUGUCACGCAGACGCGUGAGCUGCAGCUGGCCGGACACUCGGUGGCCCUGGUGGCGACCUGUAGCGAUCUGGCCAAGCUCGGCAAGAAGCUGAGGGACGCCAGGGGCAUUCACUUCUUUCGCGCGCAUCUGACGAUCGGCAGCUUGGAAAAGAGCGAGAGAAUCAAAAUUUUACGCUCGUGCCUGGAGGACAGGCUGUCGGUGUCGUCGGACAUCGAUUGGGAUAGUUACGCCAACAAGACCGAGGGAUGGGUCAUUCAGGAUCUCGCCGUGCUGGCGGACAAGGCCGCCUACGCCGCCUGGAAACGACACGUAUCGGAGAAGCGUCUUCGUCGAAAUGUCACCGCCACCACCACCACCACCGCCUUGACUCUUUCGGCCGAGGAUCUGGACGCUACCCUGGCCAGGAGCCAGCCGGCCUCGUUGCGCGGCGUCCAGCUGUAUCGGGGCUCGGGGCACAGGUGGCGCGACAUCGGCGGCCUGGCCCACGUCAAGGCCGGCCUCAUCGAGAUCCUGCACUGGCCGCUGCGAUAUCCGGCCGUGUUCAAGCGCGCCCCGGUCAAGCUGCAGAGCGGCAUACUGCUGUACGGCAUGCCGGGCACGGGCAAGACCAUGCUGGCCGGGGCCAUCGCCAAGGAGUGCGGCUUGAAUCUGAUCAGCGUCAAGGGACCCGAACUACUGUCAAAGUACAUUGGAGCGAGCGAGGAGGCGGUACGCAACGUAUUCGAGAAAGCCCAACGCGCCAAGCCCUGCGUCCUGUUCUUCGACGAAUUCGACAGUCUCGCGCCAAGACGAGGCCACGACAGUACCGGGGUCACGGAUCGCGUCGUGAAUCAGCUGCUCACGCAUCUGGACGGGAUCGAGGGCCGCGAAGGGGUCGCGGUCGUCGCCGCCUCGUCGCGACCCGAUCUGCUCGAUCCGGCGCUACUGAGACCGGGCCGACUCGACAAGUCGCUGCUUUGCCCGCUGCCAGACGUGACCGAGAGAAUGGAAAUUUUGUCGGCUCUCUGCGAGACUCACGACAUCGACACGGAACAGCUGGAUCUGCGCGCCUUGGCCGCCGCAGCCGAGGACUUCACGGGCGCCGAUCUCAACGCCGUCGUCGCCCAGGCCAAAUUGUGCGCCAUCGAGGCGUCCUUGGAGUCGAACGAGUUGAACGUCUUUGUCGUCGGGCAGGAGGAGCUGGUGAAGUCGAUGCUCGCCACGAAGCCGUCGUUACUGGCCUCGGAGAAGCAAAAGUAUCAGAGAAUAUACGCCAAGUUCGCGAAAAACGAGAGCUACACGGCGGCGGGGAUGAGGCAUCAGAAGGCUACUCUGGCAUGAGACACGAGGGUACCGUU